AUGGGAGGGGCAGGCGUUGUGCUGCUGCUGCUGCUGGCCGGAGCGGGCGCCGGGGUGGCCUGGAGACCACCAAAGGGAAAGUGCCCUCCGAGCUGCUCCUGCUCCAAGGAUAGUGCCCUGUGUGAGGGCUCUCCAGACCUGCCCGAGAGCUUCUCCCCGACCCUUCUGUCACUCUCACUCGUUAGGACUGGAAUCACCCAGCUGAAGGCCGGAAGCUUCCUGAGGGUGCCCACACUGCACCUGCUCCUCUUCACAUCCAACUCCUUCUCUGUGAUUGAGGACGAUGCAUUUGCAGGCCUGUCCCACCUGCAGUACCUCUUCAUCGAGGACAAUGACAUUGGCUCCAUCUCUAAGAACGCUCUCAGAGGACUUCGCUCACUCACACACCUGAGCCUGGCCAGUAAUAAUCUCAAGACCCUCCCCAGAUUCCUGUUCCGAGGCCUGGAGACCCUAACUCAUGUGGACCUCCGCGGGAACCCGAUCCAGUGUGACUGCCGCGUCCUCUGGCUGCUGCAGUGGAUGCCCACCGUGAAUGCCAGCGUGGGGACUGGGGCCUGCGCCGGCCCCACUGCUCUGGCCCACAUGCAGCUCCGCCACCUGGACCCCAAGACGUUCAAGUGCAGAGCCAUAGAGCUGUCCUGGUUCCAGACGGUCGGGGAGGCGGCGCUGGGCGUGGAGUCUUUCUCCUACCAGGGGGAGCCCCACAUCGUCCUGGCACAGCCGUUUGCGGGCCGUUGUCUGAUCCUCACCUGGGACUAUAGCCUGCAGCGUUUCCGGCCCGAGGAAGAGCUGUCCGGUGAGCCCCGCCUCGCAUCCUCCUGCCUGUCCCCGUAG